CAAGAAGCGUCCCCGCCACUUCCAUCAUCAUUUCUUUUUCUUAGAUUAUUAUUAUUUGCAAAAUUAAAUUUUGCAGUUUGUUAUUGACCGUUGAGCUAACUUUCCUGCACCCAACGAUCUUACCUGUUUGAACAUCUGCAAACCAAUUCUGCUAUUAUUACUGACGGCAUAAUGUCAGAAGGAAACAAUCUGGUUCUGGAAUCAUCUGAAAAUGGAACAGAUUUGUCUCAGGAUGACAUUGGCACCAUUGAGGAAACACCAGAGGAAACAAUUUUGUCAAGACAAACUUCUGUCAACCUUGUUCCUUUUAUUGGUCAAAGAUUUGUUUCCCAAGAAGCUGCUUAUGAAUUUUAUUGCAGUUUUGCUAGACAAUGUGGCUUUUCUAUUAGACGACAUCGCACUAGAGGCAAAGAUGGAGUUGGCCGGGGAGUUACGAGGAGGGAUUUUACUUGCCAUCGUGGCGGAUAUCCCCAGAUUAAACCUUCUGAUGAUGGGAAGGUGCAAAGGAACCGCAAAUCGUCUCGCUGUGGUUGCCAAGCAUACUUGCGUAUUGUGAAAAGGGCAGACUUUGAUGUCCCUGAAUGGCGUGUUACUGGUUUUAGGAACAUCCACAAUCAUGAGUUGUUAAAAUCCAAUGAGGUGCGUCUUCUUCCAGCAUAUUGUCCAAUAUCCCCUGAUGACAAGAGUCGUAUAUGCAUGUUUGCUAAAGCUGGAAUGUCAGUUAGGCAAAUGUUAAGAUUGAUGGAGCUAGAGAAAGGCAUCAAACUUGGCUGUCUUCCUUUUACAGAGGUUGAUGUGAGAAACUUGUUGCAGUCUUUCAGAAACGUGGAUAGAGAUAAUGAUGCUAUUGAUCUGAUCGCAAUGUGCAAGAGAUUAAAAGAUGAAAAUCAUAACUUCAAAUAUGAAUUCAAGAUAGAUAGUAAUAACAGACUUGAGCAUAUUGCAUGGUCCUAUGGCUCAUCUGUUCAAUCAUAUGAGGCAUUUGGAGAUGCUGUGGUUUUUGAUACAACCUACCGAGUAGAUGCUUAUGAUAUGCUAUUGGGAAUUUGGCUUGGAGUGGACAAUAAUGGAAUGACUUGUUUCUUUACUUGUGCACUUCUACGGGAUGAAAAUAUGCAGUCCUUUUCAUGGGCUUUGAAGGCUUUCUUGGGCUUCAUGAAAGGAAAGGCUCCGCAAACAAUAUUAACUGAUCACAACAUGUGGCUAAAAGAUGCUAUUGCUGUUGAAAUGCCCGAAACUAAACAUGCCUUUUGUAUAUGGCAUAUUCUUUCUAAGUUCUCUGACUGGUUUUCUUUACUUCUUGGAUCACAAUAUGAUCAGUGGAAAGUGGAGUUCCAUCGGCUCUACAAUUUGGAACUGGUGGAAGAUUUUGAACAAGGCUGGAGGCAAAUGGUUGAUAAAUAUGGACUCCACGCAAAUAAACAUAUUAUUAGCCUAUACUCAUUAAGGACAUUUUGGGCUUUACCAUUCUUGAGGCGUUACUUCUUUGCAGGAUUGACCAGCACUUGUCAGUCCGAGUCCAUUAAUGCUUUCAUCCAACGGUUCUUGAGUGCCCAAUCUCAACUAGAACGCUUUGUAGAGCAAGUGGCUGAUAUUGUUGAUUAUAAUUACCGGGCCGGAGUUAAGCAAAAGAUGCACCGGAAACUGCAGAAAGUGUGCCUCAAAACGGGUUCACCUAUAGAAUCCCAUGCUGCCACUGUGCUUACUCCUUAUGCCCUAAGUAAACUCCAGGAUGAGCUAGUUUUGGCACCACAGUACGCAUCCUUUAUGGUUGAUGAAGGUUGUUUCCAGGUCAGACACCACUCCCAUGCAGAAGGAGGGUACAAAGUAAUUUGGAUUCCUUGUCAAGAACACAUCAGCUGCGGCUGCCAUCUGUUUGAGUUUUCCGGCAUCUUAUGCAGACAUGUGCUACGUGUCAUGUCAAUUAAUAACUGUUUUCACAUACCUGAUCAAUAUUUACCUGCCAGAUGGCGAGGCGUCAGUUUAUCUUCUGUUAACCAAUUUCGGGUUACAACUAGCAGGGAUCAGCCUGAAAGGAUACAAUUUUUGGAAUCCAUGGUUUCAACACUUCUAAUGGAAUCCAUUGAAACAGAGGAACGCCUUGAUGUUGCUAGUGAGCAAGUUUCCAUGGUGCUAUCACGUAUCAAAACCCUUCCUAGGUCAGCACCUGGGGUAAAUGACAUUGCAUAUAGUUAUGCAUCAGAUUCGUUGAUCCUGCCAGAGGUAGAAGAUACUGAUGGAAUGAUUCAUAGUUUUACAAUUGCAAGUCCCCAUGAUUCUAUCACUUUAGGAAAGCUGAAGGAGAGAAGGGCAAGAGAUGGAGUUGAUCUCACUAGGAAGCGUAGGCAGUUCUCAGCCCCAUUGUGUGCUCAAUAUGGACAUGAUGCAUCUGAUUGCUCAAUAAUGGCGGGUGAUAAUAUGAGCGGAGAUGCGUUAGGCUAUUUGUAGAGUGAGUGGAAGUAGUUUUGAUGUACAAAGUAAAUGCAAUUUUUCUCGGGGGUACAUAAAAAUGCAUUAAUGUUUAUUGUUUUUUUUCUUCACUUGUU